GUGUCCUUUAAACACAGCCAAACUAAACUGGUGUAGAUCUCAAUUAUAUAGUGUUUUUGUUCCAGUAAUAUUAUGUCACAUCAAAUCAACCUAAGUGCCACCAUUCAAUGACUCCUUAUUAUUCAAGGCAUUCCCUAUUACAGGGAUAAUAAGAGAUGGUUUGGUUGUUACACUAAAUAUCUAAUUUAGUCUGUCAUUUUCAUAUUAACCUACUGGUCAGAAAUCUUCCAUCAUUAUGACUAAACUCAGGAAAUAGAGAUUUUUGAUCAUCUUGAAAAUUUAGCAAAGCAACAAAAAAAUAUAUGAAGGGGACUUGUUAUCCUUACAAUUUCUUCAUAAAGGAACUUUAAUUCCCAGUAAUUUUACAUGUAAAUUUUUUAGAACUUAAAAAAAGAUUCCCCAUCAUUUAUCGAGCAAUAGAAACCCCAAGUUUGCGUACAUAACGGUAUCCUUUUCUCAAACUAAAUGACUAUAUCACCUAAUAUUUAAGCAUGCUAUACUCUUCUUUCAAAACUGCCAUUUCACAUUGAUGACGGACCAUUCACAUUUGAUGUCAGACCAUUCACAAUUCAUUUUUGGGAUAUUAAUCCUUACAAUAUUUUAUUUCAUUGAAAACAAAUUACCUUAAUUAUUUUUUUUACCUAAAGAAUACUGUGUAGGAUUUUGCCCAAGAUCUUUAUUUUCCUAUCAGAACAUUCCUUCAGGUCUUAAGUAUAUGUCUUUUUUAUUUUUAGGAUUUUGAAGGUAGGCUUUAUUGGGUAGUAACAGCAGCUUUUUCCUAUAAUUUGAAGCCAAAAAUUCAAUUAGUUGUGGUAAUCGGACUGAACAACUGAUGUAAAUAACAUAACCUAAAACGUAUUGAUUCAUGUUCGUAUCAAAGGCUAACUGUAGCGGAACCUUAAUGUGUCUUUCUAAAAUUAAUCAUAUAAAUAUAAAGAUGUUAAUUUAUCCACCUAUUUUUGCAGAAAGAACAUUUCAAAUAUUAGUGUAUUGCAUACAUUUAGUCUUAAUAUGUUGCAACUGGCUAAUGAUGUUAAUAUUUUUCAUUAAAAUGAUGCCUCAUUCAAGUAAUUAAUAAAUUCUUAGUUGUGCAUGCAACAUCUUGUGUAAACUUAAAAUGCUAGUCUCAUAAAUACGUGUGUGUAUAAAUUUAUAUCUAUAUACCUAUGACACACCCCCACUGAUAGCAUAGCUUGUUCAGUAAUGCUAGCUACUGAAUGAAAUGUUUAACAAUAAUAUGGACCAUUUGUUUCAGCCUAUAUCAUGUCCAUUAUAAAUAAGGUAUCCAUCCUAAAUAAUUUGCAAACAUGUGCUUUCAGGGGAAUUUAUAUCUGUAAAAAUGCCAACAUUAAUUUUUUUUGUUUGAAAGUACUCAACCCUGCACAAAAUGUGUACAGAAAAUUGCCAAAAAUUAUUUGCUGUCAUUCUUUUUUUUUUUUUUUUUGUGGAAGAAAUAAUGGCUGUUAAUAUAAUUUUUACUUUACUCAUUUCAACAUCCCCAUUCUGCUGUCACUACCCAUUUCAAAUGGCACUUCCCCAGAAAAUCAUGGAUUUUUGGGACACAAAUAAUGUGUACAGAAAAUUGCCAAAAAUUAUUUGCUGUCAUUCUUUUUUUUUUUUUUGUGGAAGAAAUAAUGGCUGUUAAUAUAAUUUUCACUAUACUCAUGUCAACAUCCCCAUGCUGCUGUCACUACCCAUUGCAAAUGGCACUUCCCAAGAAAAUCAUGGAGUUUUGGGACACAAAUGGUGAACAUUUAACAGUGCCUUUUUGGUCAUUUGCUAUUUGCACACCUUUCAUUAGAGACUGGAAUUUUUUUUUGAUAUGCCAAGAAAGAACAAUUAUGCUCUGCAUUUUGCUUAGUUUUGGCAAGCCAUAAUUCUAAAGCAUUUAUCUCUUUAUUAUUUGUCUGUGAUCAGAUUGGUUAAUAAAUGCAUAAGAUCUUGCUUGUGUUUUAAAUUACUUGCUCACUUUGUAAACGGUUUUAUCUUGAAUUAUAACAUAUUUCAUCCAACAAAAUUGUCCACAUCGAUAAGGAAAACCAAUAGCAAUGCAUGAAAAUCAGGGUGCUGUUUGCAUAAUGAGAGGAUUAGAGGUGAUACUUUUGGUCUAGUACCAUACCAUUAUUGUGCUUAAUCAGUUUGUGACCAUUGGUUGUUUAAGAUGCUCAUAUGGUGCAAAGGUUAUCUUGUACAGUUUUUUUUUUUUAUUUUAUUUUGUUUAAUGUGAAAGUUUUUUUGUUUGAACCAUAUUAGGUUAAAAAAACUAGCCAACUUGUAGAUGUCAAGAAGGAAACAAGUACUUACUUUUCCUUUUUUUCUUUGUAAUUGUUAAUAAUUAAGGAGGAAUUGGUGAGCACACUAGAUGAUCACUUGCUUACCAAAGGAGAACUUUGGACUGGGCAGCUUUUAUCACACCAGUGGUAUUAGUUGAAUUGUUUCUCUGGAUUUUCAAAAUUUGAACAUGACAUGUAUAUUGUGCUCGUAGCUUGCUUUGAAUAUAAAUUCCAAAAUAAAGUCUU